AUGAAUUACGAAUUUGGGAGAGAAAGUGGUUUUAUCAACAGCCAGCCGUCGCUCGCUGAGUGCCUGACAUCUCUCACUAACCCUGUCGGUGAUGCAUUUCAAAGUUCAUCAAUCAAGAGCUCGGCGCUUUCACAGUCGACACUGAUUCCUCCUCCUUUUGAGCAGACCAUCCCCGGCCUGCACCCGGGCAUCCACCCACGCCACAGCCGCGCAAAGCAGCCGCUGCAGGCUGCAUCCCUUCCCCCGGAGUACCCGUGGAUGAAGGAGAAAAAAAGCAUCAAGAGACACCCGACUGCUGCUGCUGCUUCUUCUGCAACAACGACUGACUCCUCUUGUUUAGGUUCCCCAGAGGAGCCAGAGCUCGGAGGGGCAUCCCGGAGAUUAAGGACUGCGUACACCAACACCCAACUUCUGGAGCUGGAGAAGGAGUUUCAUUUUAACAAAUACCUGUGCAGACCGAGGCGAGUGGAAAUAGCUGCUUUGCUGGAUUUAACAGAGAAGCAGGUGAAAGUGUGGUUUCAGAACAGGAGGAUGAAGCACAAGAAGCAGACCCAUUGCAAGGAGAACCGGGACAGUGAGGGGAAAUACGCGUGCCUGGACGACGAGCCGGAGGACGAGUUUGAGCAGGAGGAAGACAGCAGUGCAGCCGGGGGGACGCUCCUGGAGAGGGAGAGGUAUUUCCACCAAAAUACCUUAACUUCACAACAUUGUAUGAACGGGCACAAUGGGGACAACCAAAGCGCUUUGAACAGCAAUGAGAAAAAUCUGAAACAUUUUCCUAACCCGGCACCCACUGUUCCUAUCUGCGUGUCAACAAUAGGCCCGGACAAUGAUAAUUCCCCGGGCCUGGACGUCUCUUUGCAGGAUUUCCACGUUUUCUCCUCCUCCUGCUCUUUCUCACCAAGUUUGUCAGAUUCUGAACAUAGUCCCUUGUCUUUAUCCUCCGAAACGUUUGACCUUUUCUCAGAAACACUCACAACAAUCGACCUGCAAAACUUGAGCUAUUAAAAUAUUUCAACAUGUUUCAUUUGAGUUCAGACACUUGUGUCCAGUUUAUACUCAAUUAAGUAGAUCUCAAAAGUAAGGUAAGUUAAAGCAAAGACAUUAGCCUAUGGACAGUU